AUGAUUUCAAAAUUUGAAUUUUGUGACGAGAGGAAUGCCUCAAGUUUGACCAUGUUAUUGAGGAAACUCUUCAUGCAGGAUCCUAGAAACAGAUCUGGAAAUACACUGUUACAUGAGUUCAUUAAAAGGUGCACAGAUGAUGAUGAUGAUUUAUCUCCAUGUCUUCAAGCAGUGAAUCUUCUUUUGAAUGAAGGAUUCGAUGUUAAUGUCGUCAACGAUGAAGGAAACACUCCACUUCACAUAGCUGUCACGUUAGAACCCAGGAAUGACAAACUUUAUCUCGUUACUGAAAUCCUGCAUCUUUUGUUUUAUGGAGGUGCUCAUCAUGAUUUUGUCAACAAUGAUGGUAAAACACCCAUGGACAUGGCUAAAACUGAUGUAGCUCGCAUGAUUCUUUCUGAGAGAAGAAAACUGGAGUUAAAGUGUAUCAGUGCCAGAGCUGUCAAAAGGUUUGGAAUUCCUUAUUUGGGGGUGGUACCCAAAAUUCUGGAGAAUUACAUCAGUAGGCAUUAA